AUGGAUUCAAGUCUUACACCGACUUCACUUUCAUGUCUUCUAGAGGUUUCUGCGGUUCUGACACGAAAUUUAGUUGUGAGCGCCCACGCGCUGCGAGUUGUAGAAACAUCUCCUAUAUUGUGUAUGAGAGAAUGUGCAACAUUAAAAUUGUGUAGGUCGGUGAACAUUUAUCAGAAUUCUCUACGAUGUGAGAUGGUCCUUCAAAAUUCUACCGGUGAAUCAGGAAAUACAGUGACGUCAUCAGAUGGUAUGGCCAUCGAUGCUAAAGACAUUCCAAAGGAAUAUGCUGCAACUUGCUUUGACCACAACUGCUUAAUAUUUGAGAAAUGUGUUGUAAGGCGGUCUGGAGGAUAUGUGUGCAUUCCUUUUGACUUUUGCGAUGAGCAGCCAGCGUCUAUAAUGCACGCCAAGUUCACCAUCGACAGGUCCGGGGGUAUUCCGAUUGCUGACUAUUCAUGCGUCGAAUGGGCAAACUACACUUCAGGAGACAAAAACUCUUCGUGUAAUCCAGCCACAAGAACAUGGAGUGUACCGGGAAUUGUUUGCAAACCCACCUUUCCAGAGGCUUGCGGAACUCCUCCUCUUUUGUCUGUUCCACACGAUGUCACAUAUCCAUAUGAUGGUGACAACUUUCUUGCCAAUUACGAAUGUCCGAGUCUAAGUGGUGAUGUUGCCGCUACCCACUGCCCAAUCACAGUAUGCAUAGGAGUGGAAUUGUGGACUAAUUUUAGUCUAUCGUGUUCAGUAAAGGACUGCUAUACUAGUAAUGGUGUCUACGAUGGCCAGAUUGCUUGCACGGUGACCGGGAGAACUUGUCAACGCUGGGAUACACAAAGUCCACACGCACACCUCUACUUUAUCACUAAAAGUGACAAUUACUGCCGUAUUGCUAGUACUGAACAACCAUGGUGCUUCACCACCGAUCCUUCUACAAGAUGGGAGCAUUGUGCAGUGCCUAGAUGUUAG